AUGGCGGCGCCGAGAUGCAUGCGCUCCUUUAUGGGGCCGGUGAAGAGGACCAAGAUUACACACGCCUCCCGACCAUUCUCGACAACGACCACGCGCACAGCACCGGACGAUGACCAGACAUCGGAGAAGGUCAUGAACGACCUCACUGCUGAUGUUGAGGCCGGGAACAUGUCGCUAGAGCAGCGGUUGCAGGAUAUGGACAUGGAUCCUGUCGAGUACAAGACCCUGUGGAACAGCCAGAAGAAGGCGGAAAAGCGAGCUGCCAAAUGGGAGCCCAAGACUCGCGAGGAAGCUCAGCAAAAGUGGCAAGAGGCGCAAUCCAGGCCAGACGACCUCACACUACUGCGCAUGUACAAGCGCGCUGGAGUCGAGCCCAUCAAGCUCGCAAAGGAACGCGAUAUCAGGCUUCCCACCGACAAGGAACCCCUCGACGCGAAGACGCAAGCAGCCCUAGACGAACUCCGCCAACCCCUCAACGUCCGCGCUUUAAACCUCCGCCCAUUGCGCCGCACACCAGAGUACGGUGUCCCAGUCUGCGAUCUGCAGUUGCGCACCUACUCAGUCCGCAAUCUCCUUCUCUUCGCCGACUUCGCCGUCCGCGCAGCCUACUACAUGGGCCUCUCUGCCCGCGGUCCUAUUCCUCUCCCACGCAUAACCGAGCGCUGGACAGUCCCACGCUCCAACUUCAUCUUCAAGAAGAGUCAAGAAAACUUCGAGCGUAUCACCAUGCGCCGGUUGAUCCAGAUCCAGGAUGGGCACCCCGAUGUAGUGAAGGCAUGGCUGGCGUUCUUGACCGAGCACCAGGUUGAUGGUGUAGGUAUGAAGGCGAAUAUUUGGGAGUACGAGGACUUGGAGACGGCGACGCGCGCCGGAGAGGCUAUUGCGGCGGACGACGUCCGCAGGAGGAAGGAAGGCCCCAUGAUGCAGAAGGUCGACGAGAUUCUGAACAGCAAGGGAUUCAAGGAGGCCAUGAAAGGGCACAAGAGCAAGGCUGAGAUUGAAUUCAGGCGGUAG